UUGUACUGUACGUUCGGUACAUGGUGAAGUACCUACUUGGCUGACACGACAUACAUACAGAGCUAUGUAUGUGGGUACAUGUACACGUGGAUUGAGCGACACGGUCGGCAAACCUUCAAGUACCUGCUUUGCUCCCAGCAGCAGCCGUGUAUGGCGUAGCUGGACUAGGAAAUGAUGAACGCUCCCUCGCCAGACCCUUGACCCCCGAUCAUCGUGUGGUGGCAAUUUCUCUUUGACGAGGACGGGGGAUUGGCAAUGGACCGGCGGCGCAUCAACCGAGGAAAAUGUCUAAAAAGCGUGCAACGGGCAGCUGUAGCGAAUGAAUGCGUGGCGUCCCAGGAGAGAUGGAGGAAUGCUUGUUAACGUCCAUGUAUCUUUGCCUGUACUGUGUGCACAGUGCUGGCCGUCCUUGUUGGUCGAGGCCCGCUUUUCUUUUUCGCCUUGCCUUGCUUUGCCUCGCCUUGUCCAUGACCAACCGGCCCAUCGACUAAUUGCCCUUCCUUCACUACCAUCGUCACCGCCGUAACAGCGCCAUCAUUCUUCUUCUUCUCCAUCUUCUUGUUGCAGUUGCUACUCCUUCUCCACCGCUCCCAUCCUCUUUUCUCCUUGUUUGCCGCCUCCGCUGCCGCCGCCGCUGCUGCUGACGCAUGUUGCCGAGACCGCCCACCAUGCACUCCUCCUCGCACUGUAGCGACAGACGAUAGCCACCACCCUCUCUCACUCACUCACUCACUCACACACACACACACACACACACACACACAGUCUCACUCCCCAACCAACCAAUCAACUCAGACCAGUCACCUGCAUUCCGUUCGAGUGCACCCUCGCGCAGUCACGCUCCUCCUUUCCCCUCGUCUCUCUCCGACACUACUGAUAGCACAACGUCUUCAUACCACCAGACCCCCCUGUCCCCCAUCACGGCGCCGCUGUUUCGUGGCAACGCCCGAGCUCAAUGUGGCUCUUCGGCCGCCGCAAGGCCGCUAAAGUCAAACGGCCGCCCAGAGCAGAUGUCGCGGAUACCGCUCGAGUCCACGCUUUUGCCAACAACGACGUCCUCAGGAGCCCGCCCAGUCGACGCAGCAGUCGCCGCAGGCGCACCAGUUCACGCUCUAGCGCGGCUUCCCUGCGCGAUGCACCACCGCCCCCGCUACCGCUCUUGCAACCCGACCCUGCCUCCGCCAAAGAACAAGGCUCCCCCCAACCCUCCGCCGACGCCCUCACGGCUCUGCCCAACUCGCGCUCGCUGGCCCAAAGUCCCCACCUUAGGCCCAUCUCCCAGCACGCAGCCGUUCCCUACGACUUUCACCACACCUCCCACUCCAGCCUCCCGCCUCGCCACGCUUCGCGCAAGUCGACCAACGAAGCCCCCGUACGCCGCAAGUCCACCAGGAAGCAAAAGCGCGAGCAGGACCACCUGCGGGAGGAGGAAAUCAGAGCCAUGAGUCUGCCCAUGCCUAAGAAGCGUCCGGCUGCCAAUAACGCCGGUAUGCUGCGUCGAGAUAGCAAAAAGGUCAAGGGCACUUCCAACCACCGUUUGGAUCGCCCCGUCUCCAACGUCUCCCUUCCCCCCGAAAACUCCAUCCACUCGUCCGUGUCCGGCAGUUCCGAUUCGUAUACUUACCGUGUGAGCACUUUCGACAUGUUCUCUCCCCGGCCGACUAUCCGAUGUUCCGUGGGCUCACAAUACUACUACGACAACACAGGUACCUCCCCAAUCUCCAACAAAAGCGAUAAGAACACUUCUACCGCAAGAAAACGAGGAACGUCAAUCAUCAGGGAAGAAGUGGGCGAUAAGCGCACCAGCAGAAUCGACGACCUGGCGGAUGCUUUGGAUGCUGGCGCAUUGAGAGAAAUCAUGGAGCGAGACAAGCGGCGUAGAGAAAAGAAGAGGAGGGUCGACGAUGACCGGUUGCGUCGUAGGUUAGAGCGUCGAGCGGAGAAACAACGGCUCGCCGACGCCCCCGCCGACGGAUCUAUUGCGCCACAAAGUCAAGGAAAUGGACUCGCAGGCCUUGGUAUUCAGAAUGAAACCACGCCCAUGGAAGAUGCCCGGCCUUUGACUCCUCUACCAGCCACCGCUCCCGAAAACACCCAGCUACCCACCCCUUCUCAUUCCCCCUCGAAAACCGAGCGAACCAACUUGACACAUACACCUUUGGAAAGCCCUUGCGAGGAGCCCGUUGUGUCUAGUGCUCAACAAGCCAUCCGUUACUCCCGCGGCAGCGUUUCUGGACCCGGUCAUGUUCGCGGGCCGUCCAAUGUCUCACACCUACCGGAGCUUGUCUCCAAGCGAAAGGCUGAAGACACGCCUCUACCGUCGGUGGAGUACGCUUACGACCCGGUUGCCAGCGGAUCCCUACAUGUGGUAGAAUCGGGUGACACUGCCACCACCCCGAAGCGCACUGGAAGCCGUCGCAGCUCAGAUGGUAAGAGGACCAGCUACUUCACAUCAUUCUUUAGAUGGGGCAAACGCCGCCGUUCACACGAUCCAAAUCGCGCCGCAUCGUCGGAGGCUUCUUUCUCAAACACAUCCCGCGAGUCCAUGUCCCGCCAACCGCUGCCCGCACACCUAGUUGCGUCUCCCACAACAGCUCCCAUACAGAUCAAGCGUCCGGCCAAUGUUCCUCGACGUACCAUGUCAAAAUUCAGAGAAGAUCUCCCAGAAUUCCCCAUGUCCCCGCCCGACUCACGAGUACAGUCCCCUGAAGUUGCAAAAGGUGCUCUUGCAGGGCGGCGCAGAAGUCGACGCCCGGCCGAGAUCAGUAUCGAGUCCGACAGCCCUGUUGCAGGUGCGCGAACCGACUCACCAGUCAGCCCAGGCGUGUCCAAUCCUGGCUUGAUGUCGCAAUCUCUUGCCUCGGUCGAUUCGGAGGGAUCGUGGCUGUCGGGAAGACCCAUCAAGCGCGCUUCGAACAAGUCUUACCUUCGUUCCAGCGUUGGAUCAUCAUCGGCUUUAAAACGCACAGAAGGAUUCAACCCUUCCUACGAAGAACUAGGCAUACCGGACGACGAAUAUGUCACCAAACAAACCACCCCGCGUGCUGGACACCCCGAGGCGAAACGCGUGACUGAGUCGGACGACGAAGAUGAAGCAGCUGUACCCGGGAGAAUUUUGCAGGAAGCUGACGAGGAGGAGCACGUGAAAAGCAGUGUAGGUCGUCGACCCACCAUCAUCUAUCGACAAGCGCGUGUCAAGUCGACCGAGGGACUUUUGUCCUUUUAUCCCCAUGACACUGCUGUUCCUGGAGAGAUUGCGAGCUCAUCUUCCGCUCCUCACGUGGCCGACGGCGAUUCGCCAACAUCCGAAGGUGAGCCCAUGCCGUCUGUGCAGCGGGCCAAGAGCAUCGACUUGGGCAAACACCACGUGCGACAUCUUAGCGCCGGCUCGGCGAGGCUUUUGGACAUCAAGCGAUCAAGCUUGUCUUCACAGAGCAAGUUGCAGCACGAACAAUCGUGAGCCAAACUUUGAUCCUUUUCAUCUUCUUCAACUGUUGCGACUGUACGAGAGAAGAACGAGAGGCUGAGAGCAUACCACCAUCACUGCACACGCGGUUGCCCACCCUUCACCCUCCUUUAGCUGAUUUCCUUUGUAUUCAUUCAGUCUCUACCUUGGUUCUUACACUAGUCCGUCCGUCGACAAACCUUUUCUUUACAAGCCCCUGUCAGUUUCCUUUGUCCAAUGUUUUUUACUCUGAGGUCGGCAACCAUUGUGUGCAUGUUUGUGCGUGAGUAUGUCCGAGGCGGUAUCGAUGUAUCUCGACGGAGCAAGAUGGAUGAAAGAAGGGUCCAGGGUCGAAGUGCGAAGCGUCUUCUUGUUCUAUUAUAUUUGUACCUAUACCCCUUUGUGCGAUUUCAGUUUGAUUUUCCAGUUUUGUGGACGACUCUGGGGCGAUUUAGAACAUCAGUCUGCCUUUUUUGUUGCGCAUCCUUGUGUUAUCGCCUAACUAUGUGUUAUCUCUCGCUUUGCCCGCAUCCUAGUCUU